AUGAUAUCGAAUGAACAUGUGUAUCAUGCAACAAGUGGUAAAAAGGUCCUUUUAAAGGCAUCUGGUACCGAUGCAACCAAGAAGUUCGAGUCGUUCCAUAAUGCUUCCGUGCUUGAAAAGAUUGCUGUGAACUAUCUUAUCGGUGAGCCUCCAUUCACUGUUGGCGAAACAUCCGGUGAGAUGAUAUGGUGCCAUUUGGUUGAUCCCAUGUGGUAUCAAAAUUGGUACAGCCCUUACUAUAACGAUUCUCAUCGUGCUGUCCAAAAUCAAUUCUUCUGUCACGAAUGGGAUGAAGCAAAAAAGCUUUCUCGUGAUGCUUUUGUUAAGGCAGCCAAGGUGCUAUUGCACACAACAUUCCAAACGAGCUUUAUCCCUAUGAAUUACCCGGUGGUGUUAAACCCAAGGACUGAUCCUUUCCAUCGCCUUAUCGUCUUUGAUGAGCUUUCUCGGUGUGGCUCUGGCGGUGUGACCUGGGCUCUGUGCGGUGGUUUGGGUAUUGGUUUGCCACCUGUCGUCAACAUUGGCUCUGAUUACUUGAAAAAGAAGGUAGUCAAUAACUGUUUGGCUGGCACCAAGAACAUUUGUUUGUGUGUCACAGAGCCCUCUGGCGGUUCUGGCGUGGCCAACUUGCAGACUGAAGCCAAGGGUAUGGGUACAUGGAUCACCAAUGGUGUCUAUGCAGAUUACUUUACCGUUGCCUGCCGUACUGGUGAACCUAAUUUCGACGGUAUUUUGUUCUUGUCGGUUGAACGUAGCAUGCCUGGUGUCACCGCCCGCCAAUUAAACUGCUCUGAUGUCUGGCCCUCUGGUACAGCCUAUGUUACGUUUGAGGAUGUCUAG